AUGGCGUUGAUCCCCGCCAUUCCACUGUCGACAUCAGACGCGGGACUGUGGAGCCCGACACUCAAGGACCAAAUCACCAAAAGUAGAUGGCGGGAUUGGGCACACGUCCUGAUCAACGGCACUGGCAUCCUAAACAACUGGAAAUGGCCCGACAUUGAAGGGUUUGAAGAGUUUGCUGGCCCCAAAAUCCACUCGGCUGCAUGGGAUCACUCUGUUGAAUUUGAGGGGAAACUGUUUGUUUAUGCGGUCGUCGACCUGGAUCUCAGCGGACAAGUCCUUGAGUCCGAGCUCAAGAAAGGAGAUGGCACUGAAGCUCCUGGGAACCGCCAGUACACCUUCACGGGUGCAGACAAGAAGGGAUUCAGAGAGGACCCGGGUUCCCAUCUUGAAUUCCGCAAGGAAAUCGAGGCCGACAUAAACAUCAUUACCGAGGAGAUGAACCGCCGCAUGGGCCCUGGUAAUGAGAAGCUCAAGGAGUUUAUUAUUCCUAAGUGGUCGCCUGGCUGCCGCCGUAUAUCUCCCGGUGACGGCUACCUGGAAGCCCUCGUCCAGCCCAAUGUCGAGCCCGUAUAUGGUGGCAUCAAACAGGCCGUUCCCGGCGGUCUCGUUAGUGAUGACGGGAUGUUCCAUAACAUGGAUGUUCUCGCCUGCGCCACCGACUUCAAUGGGGCCUUCAAGCCGGCCUUUAAAGUCGUCAAUGGCGAUGGAAAGACUGUCCAGGAAGAUUGGGGCGACAGUGUCAACUUUCACUUCGAUACCUUCCACCGCACCACCGUCUUUCAGGAAGAGUGCCGUAGUUGGUUCAAGGAUGGCAAGAUCAAGAAUAGGGUUUACUUGUGGCCAGGUCCGACGGUCCAUUUCCUCAAGUCGAUCAAAGAUUCCCGGUUCGAAGACUACGAUAUCCGGUGGCGAUACGGAAACAGAUUCGCUUACCUGGGCAAUGGCGAGGUCAAGGCAAGCAAGAUGAACGAUGUCCACGGGCUCUCGCCGUAUGUUCGAAGCAGCGAUUAUGACUGGGAUGUAGAGUAA